AUGGCCUCUUCCUCGCUCCGGCCUCAUGCGGUUCAGCGGCCACUACACUCUCCUACCGGCUCAUCCGACCACACAACCACUCCCACUUCACCACACUUCUCCUCCCACCCGAAUCCCCACCCUGCCCUGCCCAGAAGCCAUCCGCAUCCAUAUGCCAACCGCUCGGCCGACCUCCUCGCUUCCACUUCUACCCUCGCAUCAACUACUCGUUCCCCCUCCCACCGCCCCGCUACGCCGCCGCUCCUCCAUGCCCCCCCAGGCGUAUCAUUCUCGUCGUACCUCGCUGGCUGGACAGGCGAGCAAUUACAGCAAUUCCUCACGCAAUGCAAGUGCGGUCACUAUGCGGACACAUUCCGGCGGAACGAUAUCGAUGGGAGGGUACUGCUGGAUCUCGACAUGGCGAGUCUGAAGGAGAUGGGAGUAACCAAGGUCGGCGAAAGGGUCAAGCUCCUCAGUGGGAUAAAGGAUCUCCGGAAGCGCGCGACGGGGCAGGUCACGUCAAAUGCGGCCUCUAUGGUGGGGAGAUCGGUGGUGGAGCUGAGGCUCAACGGGACGGCUACUCCUAGUCCGGACUGGACAACUGUUGGCGGACUUGUGGUUCCCACUCGGCCAGGACAUGAGCGCAGCCUGAGCCAUACCGGCAGUCAGUCGAGUAUGGGCGAGAGAAGGGAAAAGAUCGAUCGCAGCCUGAGCACGAGGCGGCCUGGAAAUGCCCGACCACCACCCCUCGAUCUGCACAGCUCGAGCAGGGGUCACGGCCCGUCGCUGUCGUACAGCCAUCCGAACGGGAACGGAUCGAGCACGGCGCGUGGACCGUCCUCGACUCCGCGUCCAUCUACGCAGAACGGGCCUGUCUAUCCCGGAAAUUUGCAGCGGCCGUCAAUAUCCAGCCAGACAAGCUCGAGCGCUACCAUCACUCCUGCCUCGCUCAAUUCCUCUUCCACCAUCAGCCGACCGCAUCCCCUCCCUUCCAACCUCAAUCUUCGGGCACCUCCUGCCCGGGAUACGGCCAGACGAUCGCCCAGUCCCAUCAAUGGCAUUGAUUCCGCAAGCUUCGUCGAUCGGCCUCUACCCCCAGCACCUGGUUCCUCCGGCGGUCCGACGAGCUCUGCGGCAGAGUACGCUCGACAGCAUGCUGGGACCCCCACACCGCCGAGCUGGCAGAGCAAUCACGGAAAGGGACCAUCUCCAUCCUGUGCGGAACGGCGGGCGGCAACAGGGCACGGUCAGCCGUCUGUCUCGGCCCUUAGCGGCUCGAACGGGAUACGCAAGCCACCUGCGUCGUCAGGCCCGUCGUUCGGCUCGACUCAGCAGAAGCAGCCCAGUCCUAUCAAAGCCAAGUUCUCCGCCUUGGUCAACCGGAACCCUCAACCAGCGGUACAUCCCUUCGCGGCCACUAGGGAUCCAAAGGAAGUCGUGCCUCCCAAAGACCGCGAGCGGGAACGGGAGCUGUCGACACGAAGCGGGGAUCACCAUUCCGGCUCGCUACGGAAUCAGACUGGCGGGUACUCUGUCGGUGCUGGACCGCUCAAGUCCAGCUCUUCUCGGACUGCACCGCCAGCACCCCCACCCGUAGCAGCGAAUCCUCCACGCCAAAACUCCAUCUCAUCUGCAUCUAUCGGCUCCGGCUCGGUCAUCAGCCUAGAAGAGGUCCGCAGGCAGGUCGUCAAAUUCAUCAACUCGGAAGAUGGGACGACGCGGACGGUCAAUGUCAGCAGCUGUACGAGUGGUGUCGAGGUGCUCGAGAGGGUGCUCAAGAAAUUUGGCAAGUGGAACACCGGGAACGUGAGCUCGGAAGGCGAAAGUGACGAGGAGGGGGAGAGGCUGGAAGUGGAUGGCUGGGGAGUGUACACGGACGACGCGGAUCACAAUUCCAAACCACUUUCGGAAGCUGCACUACUUGGCAUCUGCCUCUCGCAUCGGGAUGGAUCAGCGCUUCGGGAGAGAGGCCUUGUCCUUCGUCGAUCAAGGAAAUUCGGCAAUCGCAAGAACAUGUCCGAGUUCUUUGGCGAGCAGCCACCCGCUCCUCUCUCUCCCAAAUCACCAACCUACUUUGGCGGCGGUCCUCGACUCGGAAUCAGCCAGACCCAAUCGUCCGACCCAGCCAACCUCCUCACACCUACCCGUACCCGCCGCGCCACCAAUGCCAAUGUCAACCGCGCGAGCAUGGUAUCCGUCAUGUCCGGACUUGGUGUCGCUGUCACCGAUCUACCACCUUCCCCAUCUACCGUCGUUCGAUCACCAUCAACGGCUAGCUUCCUCCCCGGCAGUCGGAAAAAGAUGUACAACUUUUUCGGUCACCGCCCACCCUCCGAGCUCAUCUCGAACCAUCUGGCGGAAUACUUCCCUUCGGCCAAAAAGAAGGAGCUGGACAAGACGGUGCGGAAGAGCGUCUACCGGCAGUCCAUCUACGGGGCCAAGCGAGGCAGUAUCGCUCCAAGCGUGAUGAGCGGGCGAGAGUCGUUCGACUUUGCGCCGUCUGCCAAGCCAAGUCCACCGCGGCGCCGUCCGACCAGUCGGAUGACCAUGACGAGUCCUCCCAGCUCAAGUGCCAUCCCUGAAGAGGGAGAGGAGACGGGCGGCUCGGAUGAGGCCCUCGGGCGGCCUGGCGUACCCCGGAUGAGCGUCUCGGACGAGGCUGGCAGUAUCCGCCGGCCCAUGAUCGACGGCGACACCUCUGCCAGUUCCGGGGCCGAUUCGGACCGUCCUCCCCUCCUACCAGCGUUCGAACCAUUCAAUGAGAGCUUGUCAGAUUCGCUCCAAGCAUACUCGCGCUCGCGUGCCUCGCUCGCCCGGCCCAAGUCCAUCUCGCAGCAUGGUCGGCGGAACUCGGCGUCUUCGUCCCGGUCUCGCAUGUCCACCUUUUCGCAGAUGCGCAGGGCGCGCGAUAGGUCCGACACGGCAUCCAUGCUCACUGUGGAUGAGAUCACGGCCGAGGUGGAGAACCGUCGGGCGUCGACUAUCUCGUUUGACGAGACGAGCGAUGAAGAGGAGAUGGAGCCUGCGGUGGUAGGGACGGCUAUCCUGGCGCCCCCGCAGGAUAUCGCCAAUGUGGGGGACAUGCCGGUGGACGAGGGGGACGGCAGCGAAGAGGCGGAUGAGAGCGAUGACGAAAGCGAGGAGGAUAGCGAUAGUGACGAGGACGAAGAUGAGAGCGACGAGGAGGAGGACGCGGGCGAAGACGAGCAUGGGAAGGCGUAUACCUCAACGGGAUCUGGACGCAUCAUCAAGUGGAUCAAAGGCGCGCUCAUUGGUGCUGGCUCCUUCGGCUCGGUCUACCUCGGGAUGGACGCCCAGUCUGGUCUGCUUAUGGCUGUCAAGCAGGUCGAGCUGGGGUCGGGCAAAAACGUCGAGCGCAAGAGAGGGAUGAUUGAAGCGCUGGAGAGGGAGAUCGAGCUCUUGAAGGAGUUGCAGCAUGAGAAUAUCGUGCAAUACCUCGACUCCUCGAUCGACGGGACUCACCUGAACAUUUUCCUCGAGUACGUUCCGGGCGGCUCUAUCGCCGCGCUGCUCAACAAUUACGGGGCGUUCGAGGAGGCGUUGGUACGCAACUUUGUUCGGCAGAUCUUGACGGGUCUGAACUACCUGCAUGAGCGGGAAAUCAUUCAUCGGGAUAUUAAGGGGGCGAACAUCCUCGUUGAUAACAAGGGAGGGAUCAAGAUAUCCGACUUUGGAAUCAGCAAGAAGGUCGAGAGCAAUCUGCUACAGGGGAUAGGAGCGAGUCGGCCAUCCCUCCAAGGUUCGGUCUUCUGGAUGGCGCCUGAGAUCGUCAAGCAGACGAGCUAUACCUCAAAAGCGGAUAUCUGGUCCGUCGGGUGCUUGGUUGUGGAGAUGUUGACGGGAACGCAUCCUUGGUCGGACCUUACCCAGAUGCAGGCGAUCUUCAGAAUCGGCCAAGCAAACAUCCCAGCCAUCCCAUCCGAUAUCUCUCCCCAGGCGCUUGACCUUCUCAACAGCACCUUUGAGAUCGACCAUACGAAACGGCCUACCGCGACCGAGCUGCUGGAAUGUGACUUCCUUACUGCGCGACCAAAGACGGUCAUCAUCAGUGAGGCGCAGGCCAAGGCGAGCAUGGCGGCCGUACAUGCGGGCGCGCAAAGGGGGAUGCAGAUGAUGGCAACGAAGGGUUAG